AUGGAGGGAUUUGAACUAUGCUUUCCACAGCUCAACUCCUCCUGCAGGAAGCCAAAGCGUUCUCACUCUGACACUGUGCUUAUUUACAUCGGCCUCUGCUUCAUCUCUCUGCUCACUGUGACUCUCAACUUGCUGGUCAUUAUCUCCAUCUCCCACUUUAGGCAGCUCCGCACCCCCACCAACCUCCUCCUCCUCUCUCUGGCUGUCUCAGAUUUCUUUGUGGGUCUCCUCGUAUUCUUUCAAAUUAUGCUUAUAGACGGCUGCUGGUUCCUCGGUGACCUCAUGUGUACUCUGUAUUUGGAGAUGUCAUACAUUAUUACCUCUGCAUCAGUAGGAAACAUGGUGCUGAUAUCAGUUGAUCGAUAUGUGGCUAUUUGUUAUCCUCUGCAUUACUCAAACAAAAUCACUGUGAGAACAGUUAUAAUCUGUAUUUGCCUUUGUUGGAUCUGUUCUGCUCUAUACAACAGUCUCAUAAUCAAAGAUAACUUGAAACAUCCCGGCAUAUUUAAUUCCUGCUCAGGAGAGUGUGUGAAUGUCGUUAAUUACAUCGCCGGAGUGACUGACCUUAUUUUUACAUUUACUGCUCCUGUCACUGUCAUCAUAGUUCUGUACAUGAGAGUGUUUGUGGUGGCUGUGUCUCAGGCUCGAGCCAUGCGGUCUCAUGUUGCAGCUGUCACACUUCCAUUUUCAGUCAAAGUAACUGUUAAGAAAUCCGAGAUGAAAGCAGCCAGGACUCUCGGUGUUGUUGUAGUUGUGUUUCUAAUAUGUCUCUGCCCAUAUUACUGUAUUGUCCUUACAAGCCAGGAUAACUUGCUCAAUGCUUCAUCUGCUGUGUUAGUGAUAUGUCUGUCAUAUUUCAACUCCUGUCUAAACCCUGUGAUUUAUGCCUUUUUCUACCCCUGGUUUAGAAAAUCUAUCAAAGUCAUUGUUACUCUUCAAAUAAUGAAUCCUGGCUCCUGUGAAACCAUAAAGCUGUAA